UGUGCUUUCCCAAAAUGUUUCACAUGAUUAAUAUUUAAGUGAUAGUUUGUCGUGUAUGAAUGUCAACUAUGAUAUGUUGACGAAAUUAUUUAUAAAUGUAUUUAUUGUGCAUUAGAUCAAGACAAGAAAACUUCUUACGAAACAUUAUUUGUCUGACGUUAGGUAUAUAUUAAAAAUUACCAACAAAACAACGGAUUAUUAACUUUCCAUGGCAGAAUGGAACGUUUAUACACAAUUUUCUGGUUGGCAGUUGCCGAGAUACAAGACAGAUUUAGAACUCCAGAUCUCGUUGUUGUUAGGGGAAAAUUGUUGACAAACGGUGCAACAUGGAAAAGGUCGCUGAGAGUGUGUGAUACUUUUGAUCAAAGACCUUUGACUGAGGAAGACGUUAUUUCAAAGAACAACACUUGGAUGGGGGAAGCUAAAUAUAUGAUUUCUUCCGGUGUCAUAACUUUGCAAAUUCAGAGGAUAGAAGAAAAUGAAACUUGUUCAGAUUGUGAUACUCAACACAAAUAUUGCCAGUUUUGCAUCAGUCGUCUACAGCUGAAUAAGAGUCGAUCGUCCUUUGAGGAAUUGAAAACUAAACUUACACCAGGACAAAAGUAUAUCAUUGGAGACAGCUGGUAUAGCUUUGUGGAAGAAAUCCCUGUUCCAACCAAGUGUUUGCUAUAUAGAGGAGCUUCACAUACAGAAUACGUAUCCUGCAAUAAUAAUUUUACUGAUGGAUGCAGCGAUUCUAAUGUGUCUUCGUACCAGGCUAUCGUUUACUUUGAAGAAAACAAUGAUGAAGGUACUACUACAUAUACAUCUGUUGAAUCCUCUCAUAUGAACACUGGAGAUAAAAACGAAAAUUGUCGAAAAUGUGAUUCUAUUUUACCAAAUACCGAAAACAUAUUCAUUCUUGUUGGACUUUUUUGCUUUUUCGUAUUAAUCAACGUAUUCUGUGUUUGGAGUUGUAUUAACUGUCAAGUAAAAAGACAACUCCGAUCCCUUCGCAUACAACAAAUGAAUGACAAUUCUUGUAAACCCAUAUCAGAAGCAAUAACACGCAUGUACAAAAGUAUCAACGCAUUUAAAGAGGAACAGAACGAUACAUACGAUUUGACAGCAAGUGUAAGAAAAAAAUCAAAUUUUGCCAUUACCAGCGGAAUGGAUGACAAAAAUAACUACGACACAGGGUUUUUCAGACUAUUGACACAGAGUGGUGAUUACGACAUGGCUUGGUCCAAUCCCUGUACUUCUCCUACUUCUCCUGACGCCGAAUACGACCACGUACAAAACGUUGGCGCGGUUCUGAUGACAUGUUUGCCAGAUGAAGAAAUAUACAGCAAACAGAAACCUCUUGCUCAUGAAAUUUCUAGUGACCUCAAUCAAAAAUGCAAUAGCGAAAAUGAGAAUCCGAAAGAGUGGGUCAGUGAAAAGACAACAGAAUCAAUAAAUGGAUUCUUCGAAGUCGAAGAAAAGAUUACAAGGUCGCACAAUUUAGACAAAUUUCAAGGAAGUGAUAAUAAAGACAUUGUUGGAAAUGCUGAAUCUGACAAAGGAAGACAGCAAAAGCAAAACAUCGUUUACGAGAAAAAGAGCAAAAUACACCAAAAAGAACCCUCUUUGACUGAUGAAGCGGUUGUCGAGAACAGAAAAAAGACGGCAGACAAAGAUGUGGGCAAAGGCUUAGAAAUGGGAAUAAAAGAACAAGGCACUCAAAGUGGGAAGGGAGAUGUGAAAACUUCAAAGGUUCACAUAGAAAGUAAAUCUGGUAACAAUCCUCCUUCCUCACAAAGAGCAGGGAAAGUGGUGGACAAAGCAACAUCACUUCUAGUGGGAAAUAUGAACAGAGUGAUGUCUGAAACAAAACUGUAGAUAGAAAGUGGUGAGGGGACACUUUUGAUGCAUCUAUCAAAUUGUAACUAAAACAUUAUUUAAAUACAUAAAAAUAAAAUUUCAUAAACUAACAAUGUUUGGCCUUUGUUUUUAACAUAUAUAGACACUCCUGGUUCAACUUCAUAUUCUUGGGAGGGGUAUAUCUUAUCUUUGUUUAAGAUCUUCCAAGAUUUUCCUUUCACC